AUGGCGGAAGGAGCUCUCAUCAAAGUUGCUGAGGGAAUCAUUGGCCAAUUGGGAAAGCUUGCUCUCAAAGAGAUUGUCCUGCUCUGGGGUGUCAAGGGUGAGCUUGAAAAGCUCACCAACACGGUUUCGACAAUUGAAGCUGUGAUUCUGGAUGCAGAGGAGCAACAGGCGCAGAAUCAUACCAUCAAGAAUUGGCUGGGAAAGCUGAAAGAUGCACUUUUUGAAGCGGACGACUUGCUGGAUGACUUUUCCACUGAAGUUUUACGACGGGAAGUGAUGACUAGGAAUAAGAAGGCGAAAGAGGUACGCAUCUUCUUUUCCAAAUCGAACCAACUUGCAUAUGGUCUUAAGAUGGGUCAUAAGAUUAAGGCAAUUAGGGAGAGACUAGAUGCUAUUGCAGCGGAUAGGAAGUUCCACCUAGAGGAACGUCCUAGGGAGACACAAGUCACAAAUCCGAUUAGGGAGACUGAUUAUUUUGUACGUGCUGAAACUGUUAUUGGAAGGGAGUUUGAUAAGAAAGUGAUCUUAGAGCGUUUAUUGGAUUCCAAUAUUGAAGAAAAUGUUUCAGUUUAUUCAAUAGUUGGAUUCGGAGGGCUAGGCAAAACCACAUUAGCUCAAUUAGUAUUCAAUGAUGAAGAAAUCGAAAAAGAAUUUGAGAGAAAAUUUUGGGUGUGUGUCUCUGAUGAUUUUGAUGUAAAUAUAAUUGUUAAGAAAAUCCUAGAAUAUGCAAAAGGUAAGAAACUAGAAAACCUUGAAAGGAACGCAUCAAUAAAUGAUCUUCAAAAAGAGAUUGAUGGAAAGAGAUUCUUACUUGUAUUAGACGAUGUGUGGAAUGAUGAUUCAGAAAAAUGGGAUAAGUUAAAAGAAAUUUUACUGGCUGGUGCAAGAGGCAGUAGAAUAUUGGUGACUACACGUGAGGAAAAGGUUGCAGAGAGUUCAAAAACUAUUGAAACACACCGUUUAACAGGUUUAAAUGAUGAGGACUCUUGGUCUUUAUUUAAGCAAAAGGCAUUUAAAAAAGGACAAGAACCAAAAAAUUCAAAAUAUAAGGAAAUUGGAAUGGAAAUCGUUAGUAAGUGCAAAGGAGUUCCACUUGCCAUAAAGACAAUAGGAAGCCUAUUGUACUCUAAAAAAUCUGAAGAGGAAUGGUUGUCCUUCAAAAAUAAUGAGUUUUCAAAGGUAAAUGAAACUAAUAUCCAACCAAUACUUAGGUUGAGUUAUGAUCAUCUCCCACCACGUUUGAAACAAUGUUUUGCUUAUUGUAGUUUAUUUCCAAAGGAUUACGAGAUUGAAGAAGAGAGAUUGGUUAAGCUAUGGAUGGCACAAGGUUUCAUUAAGCCAUUAGGUCAAAACCAAUGCUUAGAAGAUGUUGGUCAUGAGUAUUUUAUGGAAUUACUUUGGAGAUCAUUCUUUCAGAAAGAUGAAGAAAAUUUUUGGGAUGAAGGACCUAUUUUCAAAAUACAUGACCUCAUGCAUGAUCUAGCAAUAUUAGUAGCGGGACUAGAGAGCACAACUUUUGAAAUAAAUGGGAAAAAUAUUGAUGAAAAAACUCAUCACAUGUCAUUUGGUUUUAAUUUAGGCUCAUCAACACAAAUUCCAACUUUGUUGUUUAAAGCAAAUAGGAUGAGAACAUUUCUUUUGCCAUGUCAAAAUUGGUAUUCAAAUCAAAUGGUAUGGAACCAGUUAACUUGUGAUGCAUUUGUUUCAAGUUUCAAGUUCUUGCGCUUGUUAGAUUUGCAUGAAAUUGGCAUUAGAAAUGUGCCACAUUCUAUCGGAAAGUUGAAGCAUUUAAGGUAUCUCGAUCUCUCAUACAACAGACACAUUAAGAUGCUUCCUAAUUCUAUUACAAGGUUGCAAAAUUUGGAGACACUGGAUCUUUCUUAUUGUAAGGAACUUACAGAAUUGCCAAAAAAUAUUAGUAAAUUAAUCAAUCUUAGGCAUCUUAACAUUGAUGAGUGCGAUAGUUUGACUCAUAUGCCUCGUGGAUUUGGGCAAUUGACUAAUCUCCACUCACUAGCUCGGUAUGUGUUGAGUACGGACUCUAGGUGUGGUGGUGAGUUGAAGGAACUUCACGGAUUAAACCAGCUAAGAGAAAAUCUAACGAUUGAAAAUCUGAGACACAAGAAAGAUGCUGAAUUAGAAUACAAGGCUGUAAAUUUGAAAGAGAAACAACACCUUAAAGGCUUGACGUUGGAGUGGACGUGGACGUGGGAAGUGGAUGUUGGGUACGAUGAGAUGUCAGUCGAAGCUUUGGAACCAAACCAAAAUCUUAAAAGUUUGGAAUUAAAAGGCUACAGGGGAGUGAAAUAUCCAAGCUGGCUUUAUUUACUCAAAAAUCUUGUAAGCCUUAAGUUAGUUUCAAUGAAGAAUAGCCAAGAUGUACUACCAUUGCAUCAAUUUCCUUCUCUCAAAAGUCUCUGGUUGUCCUUUGUUCCUUCUCUUGAGUACGUAUCCCUGGUAUCAGAGAGUUUUAAACUUCCACCCCUAGAAUCCCUCCAUAUUUCGGAUUGCCCUAAUCUAAAGGGAUGGUGGAAGAGGAGGAGCGACUUCAGCGAGGAGGACGAAGAUGCCGCCGAUAAUUACGGUGAAAUAUCGACGAUAACAACAAAGAAUCAUUCAUUUUCUCGUCUUUCCCAACUACACAUUUCUGGUUGCCCUAAACUAUCUUCCAUGCCUUUAUUUCCUUAUCUUGAAAUAUUAAGACUGGAUAACUCUAAUUUGAGGCUAUUGGAGCGAACAAUAUCGAUGGGAAUGAUAAGUACGGUAUCUCAGGAAAACCCAACAGCAGCAGCAGUAGCAAAGCCAACCUCUUCUGCUCGUUCUUUUUCUUCAAUACUUGCCGCCUCAUUCACCCCUCUCUCCAAAUUAAAAUCUUUGGGUAUUGGUAUGAUAGAAUGCAGUGAUGAUCAUUUCCUUCAACAUUUCACUGCACUUGGGCGACUAAGUUUAUAUAAUUAUAAUGGGGAUGAGAUGGAAUUGGAAUGGCAAGGGCUGAGGAAGCUUCAGGAUUUAGAAUUAAAUGAUCAUCCAAAAUUGGCAUCUCUUCCGGUGGGGCUUCAACAGGCCACCUCUCUGCGAUAUCUCGCGAUUCGGUUUUGUCCGAGUUUGACGAUAUUGCCGGAGUGGAUCUGCGAAAUCAUAUCUCUGCAAUCACUCCAUAUUUGGUAUUGCCGCAAUUUGACAUCAUUGCCUGCCCUAACGUCUUUGAAGACACUAAAGAUUUGGAUUUGCCCCAAUUUGACAUCAUUGCCUGCCCUAACGUCUCUUCAAUCACUCGAUAUUUGGGAUUGCCCCAAUUUGACAUCAUUGCCUGCCCUAACGUCUUUGAAGACACUGGGUAUUCGGACGUGUCCCAUCUUAGUAGAAAGUUGCAAGAGCCAGGAUUGGAUUGCUCGCAUCGAAAACUUGAAUCUAGAAGAAGAUUCAGAACAAACUUGGAGCUUUACCAAAAUUUUUGGGCGUUGCAGUGGUUCAACUAGUCAAUAACUCAGUGAUAAGGAUCAGCACUUGGUGAUAAUGAGAUAAUAUUUGUGGCGAGAAGUAUAUCUGGCAAUAGCACUGCAGUAUUAGCUUGCACAGAUUGCGUUGGAUUUAGACCAUAAGUUGAUAUUUAUGGUAGCAAUUCUUGGAUGAAGGAACUUGUCCCAAGUGGUUGCUUACUGGCUUUUUUCUUCAAUUCGAAUGUUACAGAAAUUCUUCAUAAUGCUUACUGUAGUGAUGGUCAUGUCCUUCAAUCUAUACAACAUCUGACUGCACUUGAGGAAUUUAGGUUAUAUAAUUAUAAUGGGGAUGGGAUGGAAUUGGAAUGGCAAGGCCUGAGGAAGCUUCAGUAUCUAAGAUUACUUGAUCAUCCAAAAUUGGCCUCUCUUCCGGUGGGGCUUCAACAGGCCACCUCUCUGCGAAAGCUCAAGAUUUUGAAUUGACUGAGUUUGACGACAUUGCCGGAGUGGAUCUGCGAAAUCAUAUCUCUGCAAUCUCUCCGGAUUUGGGAAUGCCCCAAUUUGACAUCAUUGCCUGCCCUAACGUCUUUGAAGAAACUGGAUAUUCAGAGUUGUCCCAUCUUAGUAGAAAGUUGCAAGAGCCAGGAUUGGCUUGCUCACAUUGAAAACUUGAGAGGAGAUCUAGCUCCACCAAAAGAAGAAGAUCCAGAACAAACUGAAACGAAUGAGGAAUAUGAACUUAAAACUCAGGGCUUUACUGAAAUUUUUGAGCGUUGCAGUGGUUCAACAAGUCAAUAGCUCGGUGGUGAAUAAUUAUAAUUACCUAGAGGUAUAUUUGUGGGGAGAAGUAUAUCUGGCAGAAGAAUUAGCUUAUGCAGCUUGCGUUGGAUUUAGAUCAUAAGUUGAUAUUCAUGUUAGCAACACUUGGAUAAAGGAAAAGUGGUUGCUUAUUGGCUUUCUCCUUGAAUUCAAGUAUUACAAAGAGACAAGCAGCAAUUCAGGAGGUGGAUGGGGAAAUCAGUGGGGAUUCUGCAAUAUGCUUGAACUAGAUUCAGAAUUUUCUGCCACUUGGACUUCUUUAGGUAUGUAUGUCUAUCAUUAACCUAGAUCCUUCAUAAAAAUAUAUAUUGUAAUCUUGUGUGUUUUGGAAAAAAAAAAAAAUUGAAAUGUCAAUGUUAAUGUUAUUCUUUCUUUUCAAUGUUGCUAUCAUGUUAUUGCUGAAAAUGACUCAAUUGCUCCUAUAUCGUCCUAAAUCCUUUUUGUCUUGAUUUUAAAUUUGGCUUCUAGAAUCAAUUUCCCCAUGUUCUUCUACUUCUAUUGUGCAUCGAGAUCAUCCCCUUUUCUCUGGGCCCUCUCCCUGCUAAAAAAAUCUUAUUCUGCAACCGAGUCCAAUGAGGGAGUUUAAACUGAAUCUAGUUUUGACCCUCCUUGAGGAUACCAAGGAAUGAGGCAAAGCCAGAAGAGGUGCCCCCUAAGUAUUUGGGUAAUCAUCCCCUUUUCUCUGGACACCCCAAUGAGCCUCAUUUAGAUUGGAUUAAUGCACUAUUUUGACAUUUCAAGUUAGAUAAAAAAAAAAAAUAGUGAUGGAUUAUUUGAAUUUAUGCACCAUUUGGUUACAGAAAAAAAGUAUGAGGAAAAAGAAGAGAAAAAAAUUGAAAUAAAAAAGUCUUAAAUUCUUUAUCAUGGGGAACAAGAAACUACAGUGAAUACUCACUUGUAAUGAUGAGUUCAUUCUUUUAGUCAACAAAACAUCAUUUUACAGGUUUAUACAUUAUAUGAAUCCAUGUGACUGUUCAAAUCCAAGACAUAGAAACUAAGACCAUUAGGAUUUAAAACUCCUAAUACUUCUACAGGUUCAUUCAUAUCAUUUUAAACUCAGUCCUCUAUAAAUUUCCAUUUAUAAUUGAACAACUUCACUGUUGUUUUUUGUUUCAAGUAUUGCUGAUUUUUAUUAUAUCUGAUUAUGCCUAUUCUUCCAACUGGGUUGGUUCCACAGUUAUACAUGCAGAAAUAGAAAAAAAUUGAAAAAGAAGUAUUAGAUACAUUAUUGGCUUAAGUUCCUUAAUGAAGAUGUGUGCAUGCACAACAUAUGAAUGUAUGUGUGCUGGUAUUAUGCCCUUUUUUUUUUUCUUCUCUUUUUAUUACCACGUGGAUGUUUCAGGUCUCUAGCCUGGCGGCUUCCUACACAAGUGCAUUUUCUUCGAGAUGAAACUACAAACUUUAAGAUGUAUGAAAGCAUUAAAGAGGAGCUGGCAAAAAUUGAGCUUUGGCUGGACAAAUCAAAGGUGGGAAGCCAACAGUUACCAGUUCUCCAAAUUGAUACAAUGAUCUUCAGGUUAAAUUGAAGUGGAUGAGCUGGUAGAUUGGUCUUGUUAGUCAAAAAUCAUUUUUGUUCAAUGAUGCAUCCAUGCCAACACUGCAUAUGAGAGAAGGAAAUGCAAAUGAGGUGGAAAGCAAAGCUGCAUCAAAGUUACAAGCACGCAAAGGUUUGUUAGUAGCUUCCGACAGGUUAGUACAGUAAAAUAUUUUGCUAAACUCAUCAUUUGAUAGUUCUUAAUGAUCCAAGUUAUUAAGUCAAUUGAGCUACUUUAGAGUAAAAUAACAUUAAAUAGCUUUCAAUGGAUAAAGCAAAAGUGGAAGUAUUAUUACUUUAAUCUUUUUCCUCUCUACAAUUGAUAAAUUUAGGAUUAUAAUUUUUUUUUUCUUUUUUUGGAGUUUAGCAUUUGCUUGUGACUCUUACAGACUCAUUGGACCAUACUGGUUCAUUUAGUUUCUAUCAAAUAAAAUGCACGACUAUCAUAUCAUGGUAAUACUAUGACAAUUCCAAUUAUCCAGCAGGUAGACGAAAUGGGUAGCCACCAGUUGUCCAAGAUACUGCUUUAAAUAAGGCUACAAAUACACUCAAAGCUGAACCUGAACGAAUAAUUCAAGAUGCACAGAACCAAGUGAUGGUGAACCAGGCUACAACUGUCAUGGCCUGUCCAUUAUCUGAAGG